AUGUCGACAGCAGACUUCGACCUUCUUUUCAAGGUUCUCCUUAUCGGUGACUCUGGCACAGGUAAAUCCUGCCUUCUUAUCCGUUUCGCCGAAAAUAUCUUUAGCGACAAUUACAUAUCCACAAUCGGUGUCGAUUUCAAGAUCAAAACAAUCAAUGUUGAUGGCAAAACAAUCAAAAUGCAGGUUUGGGAUACAGCUGGUCAGGAGCGCUUCCGCACAAUUACUGCUAGCUACUAUCGUGGCUCAAAUGGUAUCAUUCUUGUAUACGAUGUUACAAACCGUGAUUCCUUUGACCACAUCAACUACUGGAUGAAAGAAAUCGAUCGUCUUGCUGCUCCAGAUGUUUGCCGUCUUAUCGUUGGUAACAAGUCCGAUCUUAGUGAUAAGCGUGUAGUUACAACAGAAGAAGGUCAGUCCCUCGCUCAGCAAUAUGGUGUCUCCUUCCUCGAGACAAGUGCUCUUGGCAAUGCUAAUGUUGAAGAAAUGUUCACAGCUAUGGCUAAGGCUAUGCGCAAGAAACAAGGCGCUACAAGUGGUGGCGAGAAUGGUGGCAAUGCUGUUCCACUCAAGCCAGCCAAGAAGGUUGAGGGCGAGUCCGGAUGCGCUUGCUAA